AUGGCUUCGCUUUCUUUACUCGGCGGUGGUAGUGCCCUUCAGGCGCGUUGCGCAAGAUAUGCGCAUGUUAGUCCACGCGCGGCGCAUCCUAACAAACCCGCGCCUCCGUCGCUCUCUCUAUCCGGCGCGUCUCGGAGGAAUCUGCUGUUUUCCUUGACGGCAGCGACGGUGGUGACAGGCUUGCAGCCUGCAUCAAUGGCCGAGAAUAUUCCGCUGUUCGGGAUAAGAAAGAAGCUGAGAAAAGCGGAAGAAGAAGCGGUGGAGAUCGUGAAGGAAGGCUUCGAGACGGCGGAGAAAGGCGUGGCUGCGGCGGAGAAAGGAUUAGAGGCGGCGGAGAGAGGAGUAGAGACGGCGGAGAAAGGAUUAGAGGCGGCGGAGAGAGAAGUCGUGACGGCGGUUAGUUAUAACGGAAUAACACAGGCCGGAGGAGUCGUUGUGGCUGAGUUCGUCGGAGUUCUUGUCGCAACUUCCGUCGUCAACGGGAUUUUAGGACCCGAGGCUCAGAAAUCGUAG